AGAAGGGUUUAGGCGAUUGUUUUGUUUUAUCCUAUAAAGGUUACAUAUAGAUAACUCGUAUAUAAAUAAAGUCAAGUGCAAAGAGAGAUUGAACCUAUUCAAAGAUGAAAGCAUUUCAAUGCAUCCUGCUUACGCUAGGUCUUGUUUCUUCAGGUAGUGGCUUGCUAUGUUACGUUUGUGUUGGAACCGAAGCGAGUGAUUGCGCUGAAGCAGAUACAUUCGCGAUGAGUAUAACCAAUUGCAUUGUUCCCUUCGACAAUUUUAAUUUUAUACGAAGCGAUGUAGAGCAAUUAAAAGCAGUCUGUAUCACCGUUACUGCGACAGACUUCAAUCCUAAACUCGUUGAUCGUGGUUGUGGUAUUUUUCCCAAUCAAACCAGCCCAUGCGAAUUUCUUGAAAACACCAAGCAUUUUGAAAACUGUACUUCGUGCAACACAGACAAAUGCAACAACAAGAAACACAAGAAAUGGAUUUGAGUACUUUUGUUCUGGUAUCGUUUACUUGAUGAAUUAAUAAACAUGCCCAGGAA